UUUCUCAAGUAAAGUAAUGGGAUAUUUUGGAGGUAUACCCUACACACAGUUGUGAAUGAGAGAUGCACUUGCUUGCUUUGCUUGAGUAAAUAAAGAUCUACAACUGACGUGUCCUCUCCUCUAUCUCAACCCAACUAUCCCCCAACUUCCCUUUUUUUUUUUAUUGCACUUUUUCCUUCUCUUUUCCACGUCCCUUCUUCCACUAUCCUACUCCCUCCCUAUUCACACAGCGCAUUUUAGUUACUCACCACCAUUUCCAAGAUCAUCCAAACACACCCGUUUCAUCUUUGUCAGUUUAUUUCUUCUGACAACGUUGUCAAUCAUUCUGGUUUUGUCGGAUUUAGAUAGUUACUUGAGCAACUUGGCCAAUCAUGGGUUUUGAAUUUUAUGGCUUAUAAAGCUAUAAUCAAUGGUUUUGCAUAGUGGGGUUGUGGAAAAAUUAUUAAAUUUUUAAUCUUUUUGUGUGGAAGUUUUAGUCUUUUGCUGUUUUAGAAGGUAAAGGGUUUUUUUGUUUUGUUUGUUAUAGUGUUUUGUAGAGAGGUUUUUUAUUUUAGGUAUGGAGAGAGAGGGAUUUGAUUUGAAUAGAGGAACAAGUGGUGGGAAUAAUGGUAAGAUUGGUGACGAUUUUGUUGAUAGAAGUAAAGUAAGGAUUUUGCUUUGUGAUACCGAUUCAAAUAGCUCUCAAGAGGUUUUUACACUUCUGUUAAGAUGCUGUUAUCAGGUUAUUUCAGUGAAAUCAGCAAGACAAGUAAUUGAUGCACUGAAUGCAGAGGGGGAACAUAUAGAUCUCAUACUAGCUGAAGUCGGUCUUCCGAAGAAGAAGGGUAUGAAGAUGUUGAAGUACAUAGCACGGGACAAAGAAUUGCGCAGAAUUCCUGUGAUAAUGAUGUCCGCGCAAGAUGAGGUAUCCGUUGUUGUUAAGUGCUUGAGACUUGGAGCAGCGGACUAUCUAGUAAAGCCUUUACGCACAAACGAACUAUUAAAUUUGUGGACGCACAUGUGGAGAAGGAGGCGCAUGCUUGGACUUUCAGAGAAGAACAUGUUAAAUUAUGACUUUGAUCUGGUAGCAUCAGAGCCUAGUGAUGCCAAUACAAAUAGUACCACUUUGUUCUCUGAUGACACUGAUGAUAGGUCCAAAAGAAACACUAUUCCAGAGACAGAAAUAUCAGUCCAACAAGAGCAAGAGUCUACUAUUGCAAAUGCUGUUGCUGUCGAGGUACCUCCAGAUGACCAUGCAUCAGAAUGUCAGCCGGAUGUCCAUGGAAUAUAUGAUCAGCGAAAAGCACACUUUUCAUCUGGUCCAAAGAAGAGUGAACUAAGGAUUGGGGUUGGGGAGUCAUCAGCCUUCUUCACAUAUGUUAAAUCAUCAAUGCUUAAGGGAAACCUUGAAGGGAUUGUUCAUGUUGAUAACAAUGCUCGCGAACAUUUGAGGAUGGAAGUUAUGCAUCAAGCAUGUGCUCAACAAGGGGUUAGUAGUGACCUUGAAAUACGUGAAAAUGAAGACAUGUGUGAAAGUCAAUCGCAAGAAGACUUGCCUAGUAGCAAUAGUAUACCUGAUUCUUUAUCUAUUGAGAGAUCUUGUACUCCACCUGCAUCCAUGGAAGCUUCACGGCGAAACUGUUACAAUGAAGAAAAUUUGCAUCACAACAAUCUGAUGCAUCCAAGUAAUGAGACUCGUUCUGAGCUUGAAAUAUCUGGCAUGGCUGCACAACAUGCAUAUCCAUAUUAUAUGCCAGGAGUUGUUAAUCAUGUUAUGAUGCCUUCAUCGGCACAAAUGUAUCAAAAGAAUGUCCAGGACUUGCAGAAUCAUGCUGCUACAUCCAUGAUUGCCCACUACAAUCAUGUUCCACAAGUCGAUCCUCAUGGCACUGGUAUGAUGUUCCACCCGUAUUACCCAUCAAACAUGUGCUUACAACCUGGUCAGAUUCCUUCAGGUCAUUCAUGGCCAUCCUUCGGAGGCUCAAGUUCAUCCGAAUCAAAAUUAAGUAAAGUUGAUAGGAGAGAGGCAGCGUUGAUCAAAUUCAGACAGAAAAGGAAAGAGCGCUGCUUUGAUAAGAAAAUUAGGUAUGUUAAUCGAAAACAACUUGCUGAAAGACGGCCUCGAGUGAGGGGACAGUUUGUCAGAAAGUUGAAUGGUGCUAAUGUGGAUCUUAAUGGAGAGCCUCCUUCCAUUGAAUAUGAUCAAGAUGGUGAAGAAGAUGACCUAUGACCUGGGAGCUUGAGAUUCAUCUCACGUGGAUGCGUGAAUAUCUCAAAUUGCUAUGUCGUUCGAAUGAUGAAGGGCCAAUCAACUCCUAUUUGAUGCCUCAGCAUUAAUUGGUCAUCACUUGCUUUCAUAUGUGAAGGGAUGCAGAUCCGGUGUGCACCAUCGUCAGUUACAGUCGGGUCAUUUUUUGAAUAUCACGUGCUCAAAUGAUCAGUCUGACUAGGAUAUCUUUUGGAAGGUAUACCUCGGUAUACCUCCUGCCGGCUAUGCUUAUGUUCAAUGCAGUUGGAAGUAUCAUACCAUGUUUUUUUUUUUUUUUGAACUGAUAAUAGCAAACUGCUUUCAUAUUGUAUUGUCACGACACCUUAAAAUUGUCUUGGGGAAUGAAUUAUCUUUCUAAAGUUCUACUUUCAAUCAAAA